AAAUGAUCAAUUCUGACGCCUGACGCCUGGACCUGACUACCUGAGUACUAAAUAGUGAAUACUGAAUACUGAUUAAUGAUUAUAGACUAGUGUCUACUGUCUGUCUACUAAAUAGCGAGUACCUACUGACAGUUUAAGUAAUUUAAUCGUUUAAUAAUUGUAAAUUCGUCUCCAAGUCUUACCCUCUUAAGCCAUGGCAGGUAAAAUGAUUGAUCUGAAAAAUUUGAACGUGCAGCAACUUGCAAAAAUGAAGGAACAGGUAUACAAAGAAGUGAGUUUAAUACAAGAUUCGUUACAAUCCUUGAAGAUGGCACAGAAAAGGUACAUUAGUUCACAAGAGGCGCUGGAGAGUGCCAAAGGACGAGCAUCAGGUACAUCUAUGAUGAUUCCUUUGACCAAGUCCAUGUACGCCGCUGGACAAUUAGCCAAUCCCGAGCAUGUGACUGUGUGCAUAGGUGCUGGAUAUUUUUUAAAGCUUGAGAUUGAAGAUGCAAUUCAAUACUUCAAAAGACGUGUCAACUUCCUUGUUGAACGAAUGGAAGGCAUCCAACAGAUUGGUUUAGAAAAACAAAAGCUACAAAAUGUUGUUACUGAAGUACUAGAGAUGAAAUUACAACAAGCUCAAACUGAAAAUAAAUAAAUAACAGUUAUACUAACCUUUUUUAAUUACUUUUACCUAACAUUUAAUUAAAAUAAAACUA